GCUGCGCAAGCGCCGUGGGUGGCGGUAGCGGCGGCGGCGGCAGGGGAGACGGCGGCGGCAGAGGCGAGGGAACGAUGGUGCUGAUUAAGGAAUUUCGUGUGGUUUUACCAUGUUCGGUUCAAGAGUACCAGGUUGGCCAACUUUACUCUGUGGCUGAAGCCAGUAAAAAUGAAACAGGAGGUGGUGAAGGCAUUGAAGUCUUAACGAAUGAGCCUUACGAGAAGGAUGGCGAGAAGGGGCAGUACACACACAAGAUUUACCACUUGAAGAGUAAAGUUCCUGGGUUUGUCAGGAUGAUUGCUCCUGAGGGCUCUUUGGUAUUUCAUGAGAAAGCCUGGAAUGCAUACCCCUACUGUAGAACAAUUGUGACGAACGAAUAUAUGAAAGACGACUUCUUCAUAAAGAUUGAAACCUGGCACAAACCAGACUUGGGAACAAUAGAAAAUGUGCAUAAUUUAGAUCCUAACACAUGGAAGACAGUUGAAAUUGUCCAUAUUGAUAUCGCAGACCGAAGUCAAGUAGAACCUGCAGAUUACAAACCGGAUGAAGACCCAGCAUUAUUCCAGUCAGUCAAGACCAAGAGAGGACCUUUGGGACCCAACUGGAAGAAAGACCUGGCAAAUAACCAAGACUCUCCCCAAAUGUGUGCCUACAAGCUGGUAACCAUCAAAUUCAAGUGGUGGGGUCUGCAGAGUAAAGUAGAAAACUUUAUUCAAAAACAAGAAAAAAGAAUAUUUACCAACUUUCACCGCCAGCUCUUUUGUUGGAUUGACAAGUGGAUCGACCUGACUAUGGAAGACAUUCGAAGAAUGGAAGAUGAGACCCAGAAAGAGCUAGAAGCUAUGCGUAAGAAGGGUACCGUCCGAGGCACAACGGCUGCUGAUGUCUAGAUGAAUCUUCUGUAGGGUCAGAGGCCAUAUCAAGCUGUUUACGUAAUCAAGGUCAAGUAAGGGGAACCAGUGCUGCCCAUGAUGAAUGAGGAGGGAUCUGACCAGGAACUUGCAGUGUUGACGUUUCACAGACGUGUGCGUGUGACGCUCUGUCCACAUGUACCGCUAUCCAGACA